CGCAUGGUCGAUAUCACAAGGCUGGCGCGCUGCAAAGGUUGGUGGUCGUUGUUUUCACGAUAGAUUACUUUAGAAACCUAUUGAUGCUUCACAGACGAGACUAUUCAACGCCUUUAUCUAACUUGAAAUACCGGUGACCUGCCUGAAAGGGGGGUCUGUCAACUCCAGUCACUGUGCUGCUGCUUAGACUUGGCCACUAGUAGUGAAGCUGUCUGGUUUUGGGUUGUGGAUCAUAAGGACACUCUUGGUUGCAUAUCUGCUGUGGAGACGGCCUGAAAGACACCUGAAGGACAUCUACAGAGACGCUAGCUAAGGCCCAACCAUGCAAGCCCAGCAGCUCCUGAAUCAGCUGCGCAUCCCCGAGCUGGAUGAGGUACGGCAGUACCUGCGUAGCCUGUCCACGCACACGUUGGUGGGAGUAGGGGCGUUCGCUGCCCUCACAACCUACUGGUACACCACCCGGCCCAAGGCCCUGAAGCCACCAUGCGACCUGAGAAUGCAGUCCGUCGAGGUUCCGGGAGGAGAGUAUGCCCGCCGGUCAGCGCUGAUGGACAGCGACAAACACAUGACCCACCUGUACGACGAUGCCAAGACCAUGUAUGAGUUCUUCCUCAGGGGCGCACGGGUCUCCAAGAAUGGUCCCUGUCUUGGAGCAAGACAACCAAACCAGUCCUAUGAGUGGCUGUCAUACUCCGAGGUAGCAGAGAAGGCAGAGAACCUGGGCUCUGCGCUGCUCCACAGGGGACACACUAAAACCAAAGACCAGUUCAUCGGCAUCUUUGCUCAGAACCGACCAGAGUGGGCCAUCGCUGAGCUGGCCUGCUAUACCUUCUCUCUGGUGGCUGUGCCCCUGUAUGACACUCUGGGUACUGAGGCCAUCACCUACGUCAUCGACAAAGCCACCAUUUCCAGCAUACUGUGUGACGUCCCUGAGAAGGCCAGGCUAGUCCUGGCGUGUGUGUCUGGCAGGGAGCACAGUGUCAGAACCAUCAUCCUCAUGGAGCCUUUUGAUGAUGAGCUGGUGGCCAAGGGGAAGGACUGUGGCAUCGACAUCCUCAGCCUGAGCCAAGUGGAGGCUAUCGGCAAGGCCCACCACCACCAACCAGUUCCUCCCAGUCCUGAAGACAUGGCUAUCAUCUGCUUCACCAGUGGAACCACGGGGAACCCAAAGGGAGCCAUGCUAACACAUGGGAAUGUUGCUGCCAACUGCUCUGCCUUCAUCAAGGUCAUUGAGGAACACCUCAAAUUAGACCACCAUGAUGUUCAUAUAUCCUACCUGCCACUUGCCCAUAUGUUCGAGAGGGUCGUGGAGGGGGUCAUUCUGGUGCACGGGGGGCGGAUUGGUUUCUUCCAGGGAGACAUCCGCCUGCUGAUGGAUGACGUCGCCACCCUGAGGCCUACAGUGUUCCCUGUGGUGCCACGCCUCCUCAACAGGAUGUUCGACAAGAUCUAUGGGCAGGCUAACACCUCUCUGAAGAGGUGGGUGCUGGACUUUGCUUAUAAGAGGAAGGAGGCCGAGUUGCUGAGUGGCAUCGUUAGGAGGGACAGCAUAUGGGACAAACUCAUCUUUAGGAAAGUGCAGGCCAGUCUGGGAGGACGGGUGCGUCUGAUGAUGACGGGUGCUGCCCCCGUGUCUGCAACGGUGCUGACUUUCCUGCGAGCUGUGCUGGGCUGCCAACUGUAUGAGGGGUAUGGACAGACUGAAUGCACAGCUGGCUGCACAAUGACCGUACCAGGGGAUUGGACCGCAGGUCAUGUGGGAGCGCCCCUGCCAUGUAACUCUGUGAAGCUGGUGGAUGUGGCUGAGAUGAACUACCUGGCUGCCAAUGGAGAGGGAGAGGUGUGUGUGAAAGGAGCCAAUGUGUUUCUGGGCUACCUGAAGGACCCAGAGAAGACUGAGGAGACCAUUGACGCUAACGGCUGGGUCCACACAGGGGACAUUGGCAAGUGGUUACCGAACGGCACUUUGAAAAUUGUGGACAGGAAGAAGAACAUCUUCAAGCUGGCCCAGGGAGAGUACAUUGCACCAGAGAAGAUUGAGAAUAUCUACACCAGGAGUGACGCAGUGGCACAGGUCUUUGUGCACGGGGACAGCCUACAGGCAUGCCUAGUAGCCAUCAUUGUGCCAGAUCCUGACUUCCUUCCUGGCUGGGCCAAGAAGAGAGGACUGGAGGGAUCCUAUGGAGACCUAUGCAACAACAUGGAUGUAAAGAAGGCCAUUUUGGAAGACCUCUUGAAACUAGGGAAAGACAGUGGUCUGAAAUCUUUUGAGCAGGUGAAGGACAUCACCCUGUACACAGAGAUGUUCUCUAUCCAAAAUGGCCUUCUCACUCCCACCCUGAAAGCCAAGCGAGCAGAACUCAGGAACUACUUCAGGGAGCAGAUCGACAAACUGUACUCCAAGAUCAAGAUGUGAACAGUGGGAGGGCGGAAGGUAGGGUGUAACCGGAGCUGGUAGAAGAGAUCUUCUAUGCCACAGAUUGAGGACAUGUCUGUGAGGCCUGGUCUAUGGAUACACUUUGCCCUGUAUGGCCAGUUGCUCUCUGUCUUUGCCCUGUGUGGCCAGUUGCUCUCUGUCUGCAUAGGAACAAAACACAAUAGGAUCAUUAGGGAAGAAGAAACUGUGCUUGAUGUCACUCCCAACUGUCAGUAAAUAAUACCACAUAGCAUCAGUACUGUAAAUAAUACCACAUACUGGUAAAUAGCAACUGUCAGUAAAUUAUACCACACCAUACCUCAUUAGUUUUCUCAUGUACAGAACAAACGACACACCCAGCUCUGAUUUUUCAGGGGUUCCUUUUCCAAAGAAGACUUUUGGAUGUUAUCAUAGGCUUUAAGGGAUGGUGAAACUGUGUAAAGGGGAAUUGUAUCUUAGGAUACAUGCCUGCCUGAAGAAAAUGUACUACUCUAUAGGGCAGGGUUCCCCAAUAGGCGGCCUGCCAAGUUUUCUGAGCAAACAAAUACACAUUUAUACAAUUAUUAUUGUUGUAAUUUUUUUUUUUUUGGGGGGGGGAAAUCAUUUCAAAGUGACUUUAAUUUAGAAAAGCCGUUCCUAUGUAUUCCCAUGAAUAAAUAAAGGCAUAUGUGAUCGUAUUCAAAUGUAGAAAUGAUUGUUUUUGUCAUAUUAUAUCUGUUUGGGAUUGUUGCGGUCAAUUUGCAGUGUUUUUUCAGGUUCAGGUAUAUUGGUAAAUGAAUGUGUGUAAUCCUAAGGAGUAUUAUUUUUUUUUUAUGGAUCAGCAUCAAAUGAAGUAGUGUUUUGUGCUGAGUUGUCUCAGGCAUGUCCUCCUUUUGUACUGGAGCUCUCAGGGCUACAUGUUCUCACUUUCCAUAACACCCUCCAACACAAACACGUAAACACUAAAGCCUAAAUGUGAUAUAUAUUUUUUCAAAUUAUUGAAGAAGAAAAAGAGGGAUGUGUUUUUGUUUUUGCACUGUUCCUCAGUGGUUCCGUGAUGUGAAAGCUUGAGAUCGAGAACCAUGAUUGUGAAAAUGUUCAAUGUAAUCUUGGGAAGGACUUCACCGUCUCAUUCAACACCAUUACUUUAGAUACAUUUAUACAGAAAAUCUUUGUAGGGUAUACAAUAUAUGUAAAUUAUUUGUGUAGGGAAAAGUCAUUAAAAUUAAUUAUUUUAUUGAAUUGUUAGCUGUUUUAGGUUGUGGUGUUAUUUGAUUCAUGUGCACAACUUGUUCCACAUGCAUAAUCAGAUGGUAUGUGAUUUACAGUUUUUUGCAAUCAAUUUGGCCAUUUUUUUGUUGAUGUAAGUGGUAUAUUUUCUAAACUCCUAAGUACAAAACUCUAAAGUCAUAACACUUGUAAUGCCCCCUAUCUUAUGUUCAGAACCUUUGAUUGUGCAUUCAUUGGGGUUUCACACAAGUCAUUUAUGCAAAAUCAAAGUUUUCCAUGAAAUAGUAUGAGCACAUUUAGUUUAGUCACCAAUACAUCAGAUAAUGAUAUACUCACAAUUUUUUAUCAUUUUAACUACCAUUUAAUCAAAUGGCAAAGAAUACAAGAUACACAUUUCAAAACUGUUCUUUUUGAAGUGCUGAAUAGAAAGACUAGGAAUGGUCAAUAUAAUGUUCCAUACUGUAUUUGACUAUAACAUGGCAUGCACAGUUUUUGUAAUAAUUUGUAUCCAAUGGCAGGUUGUGAGCAUUGUAAAGCAGUUGGCACUGUAAAAAUAUACCAUGUGUUGUUUGCCACUUCUUCCCCAUGCAACAUUGUACAAGAUCACCUUUUCUAUGUGACUUGUGAACUGAUAGUGUCUCUCUGCUUGAAAUUCAUCAGCUUACCAACAAAAUUCAAAUGAAUAUAUUGUUAUAUACAACCCAGGUAUUUCAGCAGUGCAUUGUAAACUACACUAUAAUUCCAGGUGGUAGCACAUAGUGACUCUUUCCACUUUGUCCUAUUGAAGCACACUGGCUGAUAGAUAAUUAUGUAGUAUUUACAGCCACAUCCAUAUAUGAUUUGGUUUUACCUUCCAACAUAAAUUGAUUUCAAAUUGAUACAUUUUGAGGUAAAAAUGUAGUUUUCAGCAGUUAUCAAACUAUAUAUUCUAACUAGGCACUACAACAUUUUGGUUAAGUAGUUAUCAGUUUUGAGCAGUUUAAGUGAUAGUUUUGUUAACAAAUGACAAAAUUAUAUCAAAAGUAAAGUGAAUAUUGCAUUUUGAAAGAGUGAUUUGGUGCAGUGAACAAGUGACUGGUAAUGUGUUUGUUCUACUCAGUUAGUUGAAAAUGUGCUUAGUUUUGAAAAUGUAACACAUACUUGUGAAAAAGUGUAUCUAAUAUGAAAUAUUUUGCCUUAGUUUAAACUUGAUGGUGUUGUUAUUUCGACUACUAUGUUGUCUGGGAUUUGUUUGUUUUGUAAAAAAAUAAAUACAGAUUUUCGGGGGAAAACGGUUCCCAAUUAA